AUGGAAAAACUAUUAGGAUUUGGCACGAUCCCAGGGUACAGAGACUUGUUGCAUGAACAUAUAGGAGGAGAGAGUCAGGACAGCAAAACUGAAACAGUGGACACUCUUAUCAGUGGGGAAACCAGAUGGUGGGACACUUCAAAAGUUCAAGCUCUAUUCAAUCCAAUUAUAGCAGAGAAGAUACUGAAAAUAGUAAUCUGUCCAGAGGGUUAUGAAGACAGAUGGAUGUGGACUGAAAAGAGAAGUGGGGAGUUCAGUGUUCGUAGUGCUUACAAGCUGUUACAAAAAGGCAUUUAUGAUGCAGAAGGGCAGAGUUCAAAUAGUAGUAGCUUGAAUAGCCUAUGGAGAGCAAUAUGGAAGAUGAAGUUGCCUUUGAAAAUAAGGAUUUUUGCAUGGAAAUUAUGCAAGAACUGCUUACCAACAGGAUUGAACUUAAUUAAGAGACAUGUUGAUAUAGAUCCUAAAUGUUGUUUAUGUGCUGAACAGGAUGAAGACUUGGGCCAUGCAAUUGUUUUCUAUCCCCAGUUAAUAGAGUUCUGGAAAAGCCAGCUUCCUAAACUGAGAAACCGAAAGAUACAUGAUGUGGUUGUUCUACCUAUAAAACAAGUUGUGGACCAUGCCCUCUCAAUUCAGUCCAAUUAUGCUUCCUGUUCUCAACAGAAAAACCUAAACCAUACUAAAUUAAAUGGUUUUUGGAGUCCCCCUCCAGAGGGGUUUCUGAAACUCAAUAUUGAUGGUGCUCUAUUUUUUUAUCAAAAGAAAGCAAGAGUUGGGCCAGUGCUUCGAGAUGGAAGAGGUGAAGUAAUAUUUGCAGCUAGCAAGAUAGAAUGCUUUAUAGAAGGACCAAAAACUAUUGAACUAGUGGCAGUUUUAAGGGGCCUUCAGUUAUGCAUUCAAUCGGGUAUAUCAAAGUUGAUGGUGGAGUCAGAUUGUAAGCUGCUAGUGGAAAAGCUGCAACAAGAAUCUCAACAGGAUGCCUCACACCUAGGAAAUUUGACAUUUGAAGUUAAAAGAUUAAUGUCUCACUUAGAUGUCCGUUUAUGUAAACAUGUGAGUUGUUUAGAUAACAGUGUUGCUCAUAAGCUAGCUAGAAUGGCUUGGAAUGUAGAUGAUUUGGUUGUAUGGGGGGAAUCCGUACCAGAAUCUAUUGCCCAUGUUAUUUGGGUGGAUAAGUUUUCUUGUAAUCCCUAUGCAAUAUAG